AUGAAAAGCAAACCUGUAAUCAGCAGCAGCAGCAACAGCAGCAGCAGCAACAGCAGCAGCAGCAGCAGCAGCAGCAGAAGUAUAGGGGAACUCAUUGGGGGCCUCGUCCAGUCUCGAGUUGCUGCGCUGGGCCUCCAGGGGGCCCCCCAUGCAGCGAAGCAGAGGGCCCGCAGUGCUGCAUGGGGGGCCCUCCUGAGCUCCUCUGUUCACUGCAGCAGCAGCAGUAACAGCGGCAGCAACAGCAGCAGCAGCAGCAGCAACGGCAGCAGCAGCAGAAACAGCACAGAGCGAGCAGAAGACCUCACGCUGCUGCUGCUACUAGAGAAGAAGCAGCUCCUGCUGCUGCAGCAGCAGCAGGAGGAAGCAGAUUUCCUGGGGUUUGCUGCUGCAGCGAUCUGCGGCGAUCGGGGGGCCCAAGGGGCCCCCGUGGGGGCCCCCAUGGGCUGCAGGGGGCCCCCCUCCCCGCCUUUCAAGGACCUGCAGCAAGCACUGCUGCUGCUGCUGCUGCUGGCGGGUGCAGCAGACAGCGCAGCAGCAACAGCAGCAACAGCAGCAAGACCAAGGCCUUCAGCAGCAACUCGAGCUCAACGAGAGGCCUUACAGAGGCGACUUUUGCUGCUCCACCAGCAGCAGCAACAGCAGCAACAACAACAGCAGCAGCAGCAGCAGCAGCAGCAGCAGCCACCCACGGCAGCGGUUCCCGAGGGGCCCCCUGGGGGGCCCUUCAAAGAGCGGGGGCCCCCAGCUCCUCUUCAAUUCUCCGCAGAAGUGCGGCUGACUCUGCGGCAAGGUACCCGGCACAAAGUACCCACUGGGGGCCCCCUUGGGGGCCCCCAAAGGGGCCCCUUUGGGGGCCCCCAAGGGGGCCCCUUUGAUGUGGGGCUCCCUGCCAGAGACUCUACGAGGGGGGCCUACCUGCAGGAGUUGCUGUCUAAUGAAGGGUACUGUACCCUACCUGAGGGGCCCCCUCCCUUUGGGGGCCCCCAGUGGGGGGCCCCUUCCCUUACCUGCUUGCUGCCCUGGGGGGCCCCCCCUGAAUCAAUUCGCUCUGAAGCAGAAGCAGCAGCAGCAGCAGGUGAGGCUCAGGACACAUAUCCUGCCUCCAGCAGCAGCAGCAGCAACAAUAAAAAAAAAAGAUAA